AUGAACCAAGCAAAGAAGAAAGUUGCAGUUCUUGGUUUACCACAUGGGUGGAUCCGUGAAGAAUGUGUUCGACAAAAUGGGUUGUCCCGCGGAAAAUGUGAUGUGUAUUACAUCAGCCCUACUGGAAAGAAAGUUCGAAGCAAACCAGAGCUAAUCAGGGUGCUUGGAAGUUCGGUUGAUCUUACCUGUUUUGAUUAUCGGCUCGGACGAUUUAUGUCAGAAAAAGUUAAAUCAAGUCGGCGACAAAAACAAUAUGAUAAAAGCGGGCGGUUAGAUUUAGACACUUCCCUACCUGCACGUCAAACUGCAUCCAUCUUCAAACAAUCUGUGACCAAAGUAUGCAACCAUAAAGUUAACCCAAUGAAGAGUGAGCAGGCCCGUGGAAACUCUAAAGCUCCGCAGCAAUUAUUCAAAGAAAAAAGAUUAACCGGUCUUAGUGCUUCAGAUAUCGCAGAAACUGUCAUUGAAACAUUGGAGCUACCAAAAGCCCUGCAAGCUAUAGGGCCGUGCCCAACAGCAGAAGAACUGCUAAGAAGAAUUGCGAUCCAACUACAUGAUGGCAACCAUACAAUAGUUGGGCAGAAUUCAACAUCUGUGUUGAAGGACCCAUGUGUGCUAUUAAACACCCAACAGCCACUGUGUAAAUCCUUCAUGGUGACGGAAGAAGACAUAAGAAAGCAGGAGAAUCGGGUUAUUGUGGCGCGUGAACGACUUGAGCAAGCACUGAAGCGAGAUGAUGAGUUACAGCGCCAAGAACUAUUGCUUCUUGCAUAA